UCGGCAGUAUAUAAGCGGCGGCUGGAAGAGGACGGACGGCUUUCCCAAGCCCGCGCCGCGCACUCGCCCCACUGCGCUCGCUUUUCAUCAUUAUUUACCCCCUCCCCUUAAAAACCUCCCAAAAAAAAACAAAACGCCCCACCUCACCUGGAUAUACCAUUUAAAUUCUCCUCCGUAUCCACAUGGCGAGUUCGGCCAACUCAAACCCGGUGCCUAAACUCUACAGAUCAGUGAUUGAAGACGUGAUUAAUGAUGUGCGGGAACAGUUCCUUGAUGAAGGAGUGGAUGAGCAAGUCCUUAUAGAAUUAAAAACGCUAUGGGAGAACAAACUAAUGCAGUCAAAGGCUGUAGAUGGCUUCCACUCCGAGGAGCAGCAGAUUUUAAUUCAAGCUCAACAGCAGCAGCAACAGCAACAGCAGCAGCAACAGCAGCAACACCACCACCAGCAGCAGCAGCAACAACAGCAGCAUCAACAUCAGGCCCAGCAGCAUCAACAGACAUCGCAAGUGCGCACCAUCCCUGCUAAUUCAGUUUUCUCAUCUUCCCAUAAAUCAGGACCGCAAGUUAUUAUGCAAGAUGGAAAACUAAUACAGCAUUUGAAUCCAACUGGCAUGAGCGCAGCUGCCACCGCGGCGACUCUGGCAUUACCAGCUGGCGUCCCAGCGCCCUACCAGCUUUCUAAUGGACCAAUACUAACAAACACAGGGCAACUGCUGCAGUUUGUACGAACCCCGAAUGGGGCCCACUACUUCAUUCAGCCCCACCAGCAAGUUGUACUGGCACAGUCGGUCACUCAGCAACAGGUCAUUCAGCAGAUGCAGUCCGGCAGUGUGCAAGCACCUGUUAUACAGCAGGUGUGUACACCUGUCCCGCCGGGAACCAUCCCUCAGCAGACUGGAGUGAUCAUUCAGCCCCAGCAGAUUCUAGUUGCUGGGAGUAAAGUUCCUUCGAAUGCACAGGUGAUGCAAGCCACCACGGUUACAGCAACUCCUUCCACACAGGUGGGUCAGACCAACAGCGCUGCCCCAGUUCAGCAGCAGCAGCAGCAGCAGCAGCAGCAGCAGCAGCAGCAGCAGCAGCAGCAGCCACCUUUAGUCAUGCAAGUAGACGGGUCUGGGGACACCUCUUCUGAGGAAGACGAGGAUGAUGAAGAGGACGAGUACGAUGACGAGGAAGAAGAGAAAGACAAGGAGGAGGUCGGAGAGGAUGGACAAGUUGAAGAGGAGCCACUGAACAGUGAAGAUGAUGUCAGUGAUGAAGAGGGCCAAGAACUCUUUGACACGGAAAAUGUUGUUGUGUGCCAAUAUGAUAAGAUCCACCGGAGUAAGAAUAAGUGGAAGUUUCACCUGAAGGACGGGAUCAUGAACCUUAACGGGAGAGAUUAUGUUUUUUCCAAAGCUAUCGGAGAUGCAGAGUGGUAAGAAUUCAGAACUUCUUGAGAUGAAAGGACAGGCUUAUUGGACUGGACAAAUGUGCACUUAAACUGGAGAAUGAAGCCUGCAAGUGAACAGAACUACUGGAAUCCAAGCUACUGAGUUGUACACUACAUUACGUGGGGAAAAGCCUUGCCACUGAAAUGGCUAACAUUUUACAAAGAGACAAAGAACAGUGUGCUUAACUAUCAGUCAUACCAUAAUAUAGUCACUGCUUGCUGAUUGAUGAAUGCGUCUACAGAGCUAACGAGUUUACAAGCUCCAAGACUCUUCCAAGGAGAAAGCAUUUAGAGGACCUGGUCACUGUGCUUUGUGCUAAGUGCUGUCAUUUGAACUGCAUAGUAUAUAAAAAAUAAGAACAUUCUUCUUUUAUAGGGGGAGGUUUAUAGCUGGGGAGACAAAAAAAUCUUGUAAAUUCAAAUCCCUUCACUGGUAUAGUGAUUGAAUAACUUUCAGAGCCAGGACCAAUGUAUCAUUAAAGUGUAGCAAUGGCUGAUAUAUUUUAAAAAGUAAAACAAAGUUGAUAGAUGACUUUGAAUUGCAAACAGUUUGAUAAACCUAGACAUGUAUUCUGUUUACCUUUUUUAUGCUGUGAUUUUAUUACGGUAUGCAAUAUAGUUGAGACAGACUCUUCUAACCUAUCGUUUCCACACCAUACCUGUGAUAAUUUUCAAAGUCAGCCCGAUCCCUGAGGCUGAACACACCAAAUUGUGCUCUUAUAUCGUGCUGUUAUCAAGUGUUCCUUUUGCAGGCAUGUUUCAUAGUUUAAUUUUCUCCACGUGGCACAUUAAACUGUAGAUCAGUGCGCAGCCUAAUCUUAAUUGACGAUUUUUAUUUUGGACUGCCACAAUAAGUUUGAAUAGAAAUCAUCAUUCCUUAUAAUUUUCUUUCCUCUUUGUUUUAUUCCCUUCCUCACCCCCUGCCCCCCCCCCCCCCCCCCCCCCCCCCCCCCCCCCCUCUCCCCCCGCCCUUUCCCUCCUAUCUGUUUUAUAUAAUAGUUUUCUAAUCUUGUGAAAGACUUUGGAAUUUAUGAGAAAAGUGCGGGGAUUUACCUUUUUAAAAUGACGAGAGCGACAUCACUUUUAGCCGUGUUUUCAACAGAGACAGUAUUAUGUGAUUAGUGGGAUGAUUGUGUGCGGGGAGGAAGGAAGUGGCAAUGUUUGCACAUGGAGUGGUGGAGCGUGCGACAAAGGUGAGCGCCUUUUUAAAAGAGAAAGAUAAUUUGCUUUGAGACAAAAACCAGCCAUUUACAAGUUUUUGCUUUUUUCUUUAAAAAAAAGUGAUAAAACAAAAAGGCCUGUACACACGGCGGGUUGGGGGGAAAGAGAAGGAACAAUUUAAAAUAGCUGAUCUCUUUUCUAACAGCUUCUUAGUCAACUGGUGUUGUACAUAAGUGUAAGAGGGAAAUCUAUUUAUUAUGUUUGUAUAAUUCAUCUUGUACCAUUUAAAUCAAGGUUCUUAAUAAAAUAAAGUCAUCUUUGUUUAAGGCCCUGCUUGUAAGACAGAGAACUUAGUAUUUUCUUGUUCUAAGAUCUAUUUUAAGUUACUUAAAAGUAUUUUGCCUUUGCAAAAAAAAAAAAUUAAUAAUUAAAAACGCCCUUAAAGUUUGUGUUUAUUCCUUUUAAUUUACAAUAUUUUAUGUAAUUUCUCUGGGGGAAAAAGAAGUUGCAUUAUUAAAAUGUAUCUCUCGUUUCCCUGAUCAUUGUAGGUUUCAAAUCAGAUUAAUGUUCAGAAGUGGAAGGGAGGUAGAUGUAUAUAUGUAUAUGCUUAACCCCAGCUUCAACAUUUUAAACUGAGUGAGAAUGAAUACUUUGUUAUAAUUUAUAUUUUUUAUUUCAAAUAUAUUGUGAAUCUCUCAAAUUGGACAAUUCAUUGUACAAAAAUUAAAAUUUCACUAUUUGUA